AUGGGUCUUGGUCAAGGAACUCCUCCAGAUGUUUCAUUACCCAAACUAGCUAGCAUUGAUGACGUUAUUAGUUCAGGAUGCAGUGUGGCUCACGUGCACAACAGUACAGCACAGCACACAGUCUCCCACUGCGAGCAGCAGCACCAGCGCAAUGAGCCAUGGCAUCUGGCUGCAAAUAGCUGCAAGCAGCCACAGAAGAAGUCAGGCAGUGGCACAACAGGUAUCGGGGUGGGAGGCCUAGCUAUGGUGGUCCUAAGAUCUCCUCUGAGCAAUUAUUGGUACACCCUUGGAAGACAGAUCAUAAACCUCCACUCCUUCUAUGAAGAAGUAGUCAUGCUCUUUAGCUCUCAUAUAAGCCCCAUUCAGACGGCUACACUCAUGGACUGCUAUGCCCCAGCAUUCCCAAAACGCUUCUUAACUGCCUUCCCAGUCUACUUGGCAUGCUGUGGUGGGUCCUGUCAACUCCCUGCAUUCCCCAUGGUUUUUCCAAGAGAGGAAAAUGCUCUGUCUCUUCUAAGCCAUGAUCCUAGAUCCCGGAGAGGUAUCUUAAGAAGGGCUGUCUUUUCAGAAGAGCAACGAAAAUCUUUGGAGAAAAUGUUUCAGAAACAGAAAUAUAUCAGCAAAAUAGACAGAAAAAAUCUGGCCAUCAAUCUGGGUCUGAAGGAGUCACAGGUCAAGAUCUGGUUUCAAAAUCGAAGGAUGAAAUGGAGAAACUCCAAAGAAAAAGAAGUGGUCUCAAAUCAGGGUCUGCCAGAUGAAGGUCUUCAAGAGAUGUAUGUUUCCAGGUGUUUAAAUUUUUCCUCCUCACCAUGUCCAGUCUGGGAAAUGUCUGAACAACAAUCAAGUUCAAGGUGGCAGAAUUUCCCAGAAUGUGCCGGGAGACUGAGUGACAGAAUUAGUCUGCGGCCGCACAUAAAGCCAACUUUGUCUUCUGGCACAUUGUAUUUGUAUCAAGAAAGAGGCACCAUAGAGAAGGAACUCUCUCAUAAGAACAGUGACAGUAAAAAUGAUGGCAAACCACUAUUUGAAGUGAACUCAAACUAACCUUAUGGAAGAAAUGGAUUAGAUUAUAUAUUUCAUCACUGGUUAAAAUAAAAUGUAACACAUUUAUCGUGACCGAACUAAUAGUUUAAGAAAUAGUCAGUAAUUAAUCUUCCUUUAUGUUCCUUCAUCUGAAGUAAUAUCUUUAAAUCCAGUGAGAGUGAACUACUGGUAAGUAAGUAAAAUGUAAAACAAUACAAAUAGAUUUGUUUUUUUUGCAGUUAUGCAGAUUAAAUUAGCAUUUCAUUAUAUAGUUCUUAAUAGAAAUUAUAGAAAUGAGAACAUACUGUAUGACUUUAGGUCUGCAUAAUUUCUGUUUUUCAAAAUUGGAUUGAGGUUUGUGAUAUAGUAGACUUUAAUAUAAAAACAAAGAAAUAAAAUAGAGUUUGAUGUACAGUUGCCUGGUACAGAUUUCUGUAUCUGGGCUUUCUAAUCCUGAUUUGGUGGAGAUGUCAGAAUUUGUCCUUAAGAGCAGGAAUAUGUACCUAUAACCAUGACAGGAUUCCCAUUCAUUUUUGUUAGUAUUGUAAUCAAGAGGAGUAGCUAGGGAUCAAAAGCAUCUGGUGGAUAUGUGUUGCAUUUACAUCAGGGGCAUCUGCAGGGCAAAAGGAAAAUAACUUUAUGAGAGCAAACAUGCAAAUAUGCAAAUUAUGCAAUCUAGGUCACUUGUGUGAGGAUAUCAUGAUGCUCAUGAUGUCGACAUGUUUUAUUUCUGAUGGUUAUAAUUAAUAAUUUAUGCAGGAAUUCCCUGCAAUGAAAGAAAGGAAAAUUGUCUGAUUUAAAUUCCAGUUUUGUACCUGUUAUCCAGAUCAGAGCAUGUUGAGUGACAUAGUUUACUUAUAAAUAAAUAUGUUUUAUAUUA